CCUGAAACUAGAUUUUGGUUCAGCUUUCAAAUAAGGCUAAUUUCUGCACUUGUCCAUUUCUGAAGGGUGGUUCAUUCUGCAAUUAAUGUUGUUUCAGUGAGUUUUGGAAGUGGACAAAGCCAAGUUUUGAUCUUAUUAUGCAUGAAAUCAAGUGGCAGGGUAAUAGUUUGAUGCCAUUCAAGCUCAUGGAGGGAAUUUCAAAGCACAAGCGUUCCAAAAGUGAACCAGUAAACAGAAAAUUUGAGAAAGAUAAACUGAAUAGCAUCCUCGAAGCUCCUUACAGUCUUAAAAUGGAAAUGGGAAGACUGAACUGCUAUGUUGAAGCUAUGAUGAAGAGGCAAUCUACAGAUUCCGAUGUUCAAAGUUCUUUAAAUCAGGAGAUUCUACAGCUUCAAAAACAACUGGAGGACCAAUUUUUGGUACGGCAUGCUUUACAGAAGGCGUUAAGUUAUCGUCCAUUAUCACCGGAUUCUACAAUUGAAACCUCUCUACCAAAGUCUACCAAGGAAGUCAUUAAGGAAAUAGCUGUGUUGGAACUAGAAGUUGUGUAUUUGGAGCGCUAUCUUCUUUCCCUGUAUCGGAAAACCUUUGAUCAACAAAUAUCAUCUGAAUUGAGUGUGGCUCCUGGACAAGAUGUUACACCAGAAAAUAGCAAUACAGUCACCUACUCUGAUGAUCUUAUGUCACCUCGGAAUUCGAUUGUCAAACCACUAAAGGAAUGCAAUGACAUAGUAGAACAACAAAAACUGUUAGAUUCAAGCAUUCAUCGUACCUGCUCAUCACUGUCUCAGCGUUCAACUUGUUCAACUAGAACUUCUCCUCGAACAAAAUCUCGAGCUAAAGCUGUAGAUUCAUACCACUCCUUACCUUUCUCGAUGCUAGAGCAAGCUCAGAGUGCAACUACAAAUGUAUAUCCGACAGAACAGCUUGAAACCUAUUUCUCUGAUCAAGUUCCAGACACACCAAACUGCAUUUCGGAGGAGAUGAUUAAGUGCAUUGCAACCAUAUUUUGUGAACUUGCAGAUCCACCUGUUAUCAGUCAUGAUUACUCUAGCUCUCCUAUCACAUCAUCAUCAACGUAUAACUUAUCUUCUCACAGUCAAGGUGAAAAGUGGAGCUCAAAACGCACAAAAGUUCCAUUUUUCAAUUCACAUUUCGAUAAGCCUUUCCACAUUGAAGGGCCAGAUGAAAUGAGUGGACCUUAUUGCAGAAUGCUAAAGGUACAUUUGAUCUGUAGGGACGCUGAGAAGUUAGGAGAUGUUGAACAUGCACUAAAGAAAUUUAGGUCACUUAUCUUUCGAUUGGAAGAAGUUGAUCUCAGAUCGAUGAAGCAUGAGGAGAAGUUGGCUUUUUGGAUUAAUGUGCAUAAUGCACUCGUGAUGCAUGCAUUUUUGGUCUAUGGCAUUCCACAGAAUAAUCUAAAAAGAGUUUCACUGCUACUCAAGGCUGCUUAUAAUGUGGGAGGUCACGCCAUAAGCGUAGACAUGAUACAAAGAUCCAUUCUGGGAUGCAGAUUGCCUCGUCCUGGACAAGUAAUCUCUCUUUCUGUAACAACUACAUAUGCAAUUGAGCAUCCUGAACCUCUUUUGCAUUUUGCACUCUGUUCAGGAAGUCAUUCUGAUCCUGCGGUUCGCGUAUACACAUCCAAGAGAGUGUUUGAGGAGCUGGAAACUGCAAAACACGAAUACAUCCAAUCGACCUUCCUUGUGCACAAGGAACAGAAAAUCCUUCUUCCAAAGAUUGUGGAGUCAUUUGCAAAGGAUACAGGAUUGUGCUCAGCUGAUUUGAUGGAGAUGAUUGAGCAUUUUAUGCCUGAUUUUCAAAGAAAAAGCAAUCAACCGUUUCAACACAAAAGAACCUGGAAAGGAAUUGAGUGGAUUCCUCACAACUUUACUUUCCGUUAUCUGCUAUCCAAAGAAGUAGCUUGGUGAUCUCUUUACACUGAUAAAGCAUAUGAGUUGCCUUUAUGGCUAGUUUGUUCCUUUGAUGUGUUUCGCCAUGGACAACAUGAAGAGUUCUGAACGAAAAUGAAUCACGACUAUGCAUCCUCAAGAAAUGCGCUCUUUCUGAGCAGAAUGAUGAUCAAAUGCGCUCAAGGUUGAGCUUGAGUUAUUCAAAAGAAUGCCGGACAUGAAAGGGCUUUAAUCGAGAAGAACAUUAGGUGUGCUCUGGUUUCAUAACUAGGAAGUCUUGUGCUCUUGUGAGCUUGAGCUUGUUUGAUCACCAAUCUUGUUUGAGUGUCGUGGCGGUGGUCUGCUGUCAUUAGGUGUUGUACUAUCCAGCAUAUUACAGUAGGCUUGUAUGUAAAAAGAAAAAGAAAAGAAGCAUGAGACAGGUUUGCAUGCAGCUGGCUGUUAGUGUGAUGUGUGUGAUCUUUAUUCAUCUGCAUUUUCUAAUGUUUAAGUAUCUUAAUUGCAUUCAGAGAGGCAGCCACGAGUGUGCCCUUGGGA